GUCGGCGGCUUUGCAUUUUCGUCAAGCCCAUUUCUUUUCAGCCUGUUUUCAACAACAACAACAAAAAAAGAAAAACAACAAAAAAAAAGACAACAAAAACCCAAAACACCGCCAACAUGAAGUUCUCAGCCACUUUCAUCUUCGCCCUGGCCGCCUCCGUCAUGGCCCUGCCGGCUCCCGAGUCCGACAACACCCAGGCUCUCGAGGCCCGCCAGGCCGGCAAGAAGUGCCGCCUCUUGAUCACGGGAGGCAAGGCCGGCACCGGCACCUGCGUCGGCAACGGCAGGCUCUGCAAGGUCGCCGACCCCGGCGCGCCCGGCGGAUCGAGGACUCAGGUCUCCAGCGAGUGCGCCGUCUAG